UGCAAGCAACAUGUGAAUGACUUCGUGGAACUCAUUAAAAUCUUACAUCACUUAUAAAAUGUCUUUAUCAAAACCAGAACGCAAACCUCGUUUUAAAGACUGGCUAAUUUACGUUUUGGAUAAAGAACUUUGCAAGGAGGAUGCAAAAUGGAAGGACAGAAAUCAACGAAAAGCAAUAAUUCGAUGGCCACAUAAAUCUAGGGGAACUUGGUCCUUGGAAAAAGAUGCAAAUCUUUUCAAAAUGUGGGCAAUUACUUCGGGGAAAUUUCACGUUGGGAUUGAUCGCCCAAAUCCAAAAUCAUGGAAAUGUAAUUUUAGAAUGAAUCUGAACAUUUGUCGUACAAUUGUUGAACUAAAGGAAGAAAGAAUCGCAAAAGGACCGAAUGCUUGUCGAGUUUUUCAAUUCCAAAAUUGCAGAUCAAGCUUAAACUUCAUCAAUGACUUUUCAAGAAACUUCUGUCCAAGACUUUCACAUAUGGACGAACUUUCAUAUCAGUAUGCAGAAAAUUUACCGAUUACUGUGCAGAACAAUAACCUUUGCAAUUACUCAGACACAGGCAACAUUCGCCAUCAGGUUGAUGAAGACUACCACAGAGUUUAUCAAAGUUUUGAUUUAGAAACAGAUUUAACAGUCAGUCAUACUUUUCAUGUUCAUCAAAGAGAACUUCAACAGCAAACAUAUCAAUGCAAAAGCAUCAACACCUGUUUAAAUGAUGAAGAUUCAAUGGCUAAGACAAUCAACAGCAUGAGCAGCAGUGAGUUGAAAGGAUUAGCCAAUAGAUUUGAAAACAAUCAAGAUAUAUCAACAAUUCUAUGCAUAUUAGAAGAAGACAAUCUUUGACUAUUUUUGGUAUCCAACAAAUAACCUAAAAUAUCUUUUUAAAACAUGUAAUUAUGUAAUUUUUCCAAAACUGUUCGGUCAAAGAAACUUCAUUUUAAGGAUUAUCUCUAAUUGAUCUUAUAUGAAAAUAUUUAAAUCAAAAUAUGUUUAUUUAACCAACACAUGCUUGAUAACUAAUGGUCAACUUUCAUAUGCAAUGCACAAUUUAUUUUUUAAUAAAACUGUAAACAUUAUUGGGUUAAUGUUAACAAUUGACCGAUGAA